AAAAGCAGAAAGAAUGUAAUGAAAGAAAAUAUUUCCUGAUACCGUGUUUUCCCGUCAGUGAACAAGAAAACAAAUCGAAUAAGUGCAAGACAACAUUCAAGCUCGUAAAAAGAAGAAAAAAAGAAAAGAAAACACACACUUGCCUUCCGUUUAUAUAAUUUCCUCCUUGAUUAUAUUUCAGAUAUAAAACCAAAUAAAGUGUUUUAGAAAAUCCAUAAUAAACUCAAACACAGUUAAGAUCCGCCACUGAAACUCACAGAUAAUCCCAAGUGGCGUGAGCUGUGAAAACCCGCUCAACAAAAUCAGGCAAAGUGUGGUGCUGCAAGACGCCUCCGACCAUGAGCGUAGCGAGGGUGCUAAGUCCGCUAAGGUUAGCGCCUCCUGAGAAGAAUGGCAAACCGAGCGGGGGAACGACCACCAUGACGGAGGGCCUGGCCACGCCCCUGCGCUCCGUGCUGACCUGCGGGGGGUGCUGUCAGCGCUUCGACGAUGGCUCCCGCAGACCGAAGUUCCUCUCCUGCUUCCACACGGCCUGCCUCAUCUGCCUCCGGAAGGGAUUCUCCGAUGGCAAGGUGAAAUGCCCGACCUGCACGCGCGUGACAGAGACCAAGAGCGCUGACAGCCUGCCUGACAACACGCAGCUGUGCACCAUCCUGCUCAACAUGUCCUCCCUCAACCUGCACGAGGCCUCCCAAGCGCCCUCGAGGGACACCUGCUCCGCCCACGCCGCCCGCAUCAACUUCUGGUGCGACUCCUGCAGGAUGCCGCUGUGCCGGGACUGUACCGUCUUGGCGCACAGGGACUCCCAGGGGCACAAGGUGCGCGACCACGACCAGGCGGUGGCCGUGCUACGCGCGGAGGUGCGCUCGUCGGUCAGUGAGGCGCGGACCCUCCUGCAGGAGACACGACGCCUGCGCCAUGACCAGCGCAAGUACCUCCUGCGGCAGCUGGACGCGGCGAGGGCCUACGAGAAGCAACUCAAGUCAGAGCUCAAGCAGCUGGAUAAUGACAAGCGGGACGAGACGCGCGGCCUGGAUCGCAUGGAGACGGACAUCGAGCAGGAGACGUCCCUGGUGAGCCUGCACGAGACAGUGAAGCGCGCGGGGUCCAUGGUGACUCGCCUGGCGGACGAUCUGGCCACGGCCAAGGCGGUCCUUGCCGACUCCUUCCUCACCCUCGGCAAGCUCAACCGCUCCCAGGACGACCUCGACGCCAUUGAGCUUAAGUCCUCCACGAGCGG